UGCCUAGUUAAAGGUGAGCACAGGAGACAAUGGUACUGUUUACAGACACCACAACAGAGCACUGUAACACUUCAGGGGACAAUAACAGAGAUGUUAAAAUGCCAAAACUUUUGUUUUCAAAGAUUCGGUUUUAUGAAAUUAGGGAUCUAAUGCAGAACAUGAAGCGGCCCAGAAGGAUUGAUAUUGUUCUUAAUCGAAAGAGGCUUAAGAAGGACAUCCAGGGCCUCAUGGUGAAAAAAGUAAAUGAUGAGCCCUCUCCUUCAGAAUUCAGUUGGCAGACUGACCAUAAACUCCACCCAACUCUGGAAAAGCUGUUAAGGAAUAAAAAGUACCUAGCAGCGUUCUACACAUUUCUGCAGUCUGAGUUCAGCGAAGAAAACAUUGAGUUCUGGCUCGCAUGUGAAGACUUUAGGUUGACCACCUCACCGGACAACCUUCGCUGGAAAGCAGAGGAGAUCUAUACAGAGUUCAUCCAGCCUAUGGCCUGCAGAGAGAUCAACGUUGAUCACCACAUUAGAGAGAAGAUUACAAAGUCUUUGGAGGAACCAAGUCUCUUUUGUUUUGAUGAGGCCCAGAAACAUGUUUACCUGCUGAUGGAAAGAGACUCUUGUCCUAGAUUCCUGCACUCUGAUGCCUACCUGAGUCUGAAGCGCAAAUCCAGAACUUUGUGGUACGUUUAGCUGAAGGUUACUGUUCCCAUUAAAACACUGUGCUAAUCUUCUUUUCUUUUCUGUUUGGCUGUAAUGAAAAGUUAUUUCACAGUGUUUGAGAAAAUCAGAACAGUUUUCUUUUAAGGGCAGAGCGUCUCUCACAUACUUUAAACCCAAACCAAAACAAUGUUUUCAACCAUGUGCAAAAUCAGUCUCUUUCUUUAUGGUGGUAAGAAGAUGUAUUGAUGAAAUGUUGUGGACAAUAAUAAAGCAGGACAAGCACCAGCAUGUACACCAAAAGGUACAUGUAUGUAGGGGAGAAAGAAAGCAUUUGGUAUGUGUCAGUACUUUAAAUGUGUGUACAGAGUUUAUAGUUGUUUGAAAUACUGUAUGUGUUAAUUGAAAGUCUUUGUAAGUUAAGGUGCUGAGUGAACAAUAAGGAAUAAUAAAUAAAUGGCUUCUGAUAAGUACGUA